UGGGCAGCCUUCCGCGUACUAGUCGGUUUCGGUGCCAGCAUCAUUGGCGACGCGUAUACAUUCGAUAUAAUUUACCAACCUAUUUUUUAUAUUAUUUUCGUUUUUACCGUUCGGUAUUAAUUUUUUUUUCGCUCGCUUUGCUAAUCGUAAUCGACUUCGACGAGUACGAUUUAUCGACGGACCAGAGGUGGGGCCAGGUAUUUCACAUAAAGGUCAGUAGGGUCAGACACUUAGCCAAGUUCACAUGUGUUCGUAUAUGUUUCACCCGAUUUUCUAACGUUCGUUUUUCAUUUUUUUUUUACAACCUAUUCGUUCAACCGAGAUUAUUUUUUCCAUAAUUUUUUAAUUAUCGGCUGCGGAAUGCGCUCUCUACCAUUUUGCAAUGGAACAUGGAAACUAGUCGUGAAAUGACUGGACCCAUAUUCGUCCACGAUACGGUUUUCAUCGUUUACCUAGUUUAAUUCGUCGAUUGUUUUGUUUUUCUGGAAAAAUUCACAUUGUAGUAAAAUUUUUGCGCCAACUUUUAUUUUUUCACUUUUUCCAGUUGAAUUGAUUGUUUCGUUGAUUUUUUUCAAUAAACGAGUUCGUCGCUAGUCAUUUUUUUGUUAAUUUUUUUUACAAAUUUUUUUCGAUUUCGUUUUCUCGUUUAUUUUUGUUUUGUUGAAUUUCUAUUUUCUCUUGUUUGGUUUUGUUUUCGCGAGUGUUUUUUUCAACAACUACUGAUACGUUUUCAUAUAUGAAUUUGCAACGAUUCGAGGAUCAUCGACGACAACGACCAUUGAGGCUGCAGUAUUGAUACAUUAUUCCCUAUCAUCGUAUCGUAUAAUUCUUUGGCAAGAUGAAUCAACAAUGUAAAGUAUGCGGUGAACCUGCGGCUGGUUUCCAUUUUGGAGCUUUCACAUGCGAAGGAUGCAAGUCGUUUUUUGGCCGUACUUACAACAACAUGAGUUCAAUAUCGGAAUGCAAGAACAACGGAGACUGUAUAAUUAAUAAAAAAAAUCGCACAUCCUGCAAAUCGUGCCGAUUACGAAAAUGCCUUCUGGUGGGCAUGUCGAAAAGCGGAUCUCGUUACGGACGUCGAUCGAACUGGUUCAAGAUCCAUUGCCUUCUGCAAGAGCAAGGCUCCUCUGUGAACGCUCAAAACAGCCUAAACGCCGCUAAUUUCCUAUCUUCGAACGCUUCCAUAUACCCGGGCUUGUUCAACACCAGACACAUGCUAAACACCGAUAAAUUUCUGGAAGCUAGAUUAAACGGAUUCUCGUUUUCGGACAGCAAGCACUUUUUGAACGAUUUAGAAAAAUACAAAACGUCUUCGGAAGACUCGGGUGGUUCGUCUGCCGGCGACAUGGAUGACGAAUCACGCAGCACCAGCGUAACCAGUCGUGGACCAGCUCAUCUGCAUCAGACUCCGUCGCCUUUGAGCGAAAAAGCACCUAGCGACGAUUACAAUCAAAAUAAUAAUAAUAACAACAAUAACAACAACAAUAAUAAUCAUCAUCAUCACAACCAUCACAACCAUCACAACCAUCAUCACCACAGUAAGAAACUUUCGAUAGCUUUACCGUCUUCGCCGAGCAGCACCAUCGCUCAGUCUCCGUUCAUCUCACCGCAAAGUCAAAGCGUCUACGCUUCACCUUACGUGUCGCCUACCUCGCUCAGGCCUCUACCUCAUCAUAUUGCUUUUCCAGUCACCAGGCCUGGCUUGACGCCGGCUGCCGCAGCCAAUAAUCUCAUCUUUUUAGACACCUUGGGUACUCCGUCCGCGUGGUCUGUACGCAGUGGUGGAGAUCUACUGCUGUGUAGUCCGGCUGCCGGCGGUGUGGCCGUCGAGCAAGAUCAGCCCAUUGAUUUAUCCGUCAAAGCCACCACUCAGCACGGCGAUAGUCUGAAAGAUAAACCAAAUUCUAAUCGCUCCUCCAGGUCACCUUUAUCACCGGCUGUGGAUAGCGGCGCCGAAGACGAUGACCACGAUGACCAGCAAAAUGAUCUGAAAACCGUUCAUAUACCUUUGGAUCUGACUAGUAAAAGACAUCAGCACGAGUUGACUACCCAUUCUAGCUGAUUUUACGACUACUUUCCUCUCCUAUAUUUGUUCUAGUAUACACUGUCAUUCCCAAGCCGGAGCUUCUCAUCUCUUCCUCGUAAAAAUCCCACAUCCCAUCCCACCACCAUCAUAUCCACUUUUCCCCAAUUUUAGCUAAUAUUAUUACGACGACGGUAGUAGAAUAUACUCUACAAUCAUACAUACAAAAUAUUAUAGUCUCUACAACUACAACACGUAUAGUAUAAAAAUAUACGAAAGGUAGUCGAUCUAGGUACCUAAAUUAUUUAUACGUUUUCGUAUAAUGUAUUGUGUAAUUUUUAAGCCAUCUUUGUGAUAUUAAACUAUAAGGUUUAAUGAAAGAUUUCUAGAUUAAUUUUUUUCUCUUUUUAGUAUUUUCCCCAUUCUCGUUAUGAAAGUCAUAGUUUAUAAGCGUUCUCUCCUUCUUUUCCCCUCCCAUUGAUCGUUCGACCGACGUCGGUAAUACGUCUAUGGUAUUCUCGCAUAAAACGCGCCAUCAUCGUCAUUUUACCAACGUAUUUUUGUUGUUUUCUCUUAAAUUUCAUUUCUCCUAAAUCGAAUUCGUGUAUCCAUUAAAAACAAACAAAAUGGCUGGAAAAAAUGAACUGAAAUUUUUAUAGAAAAUUAAUCGUAACAAUAUCACUCCCAAUCGGAUUAAAAACCGAAAAGCGGUAUCCGGCGAUUAGGCUCGUGGAAUAUUUGAAUAAUAAUAGAUAUUUUGAUAGUCAAUACAUUAUUAGUUAAGAACCAAUCAAAAUAAUGAAAUAAGUGCAACUGUCCCUGAGUUUUGCAAUAAUUUUUAUUAAAAUCCAGAGUGGGUCUCUAUGAUGGAAUGCAAAUUUCAAAUAUAUAUUUUUUUUUCAUUUCAGUAAAAAUUCCCUUCGUGUUUAAAAAAGAAAAAAAUCAUCAAAUUUUGAAUAAAACUAUUCUGACUCUGAAGUGCAGUUGGCAAAUAUUUCAAAUAAAAUCUCAAAACUAAAUCACUGACCCUAAAAACCUACCUACAUUCUCGGCACCAAUGUCCCAACUUUUGAGAUUUCAAAAAUCAAGCCCCCCUCCAAAUAGCUCAAUUUGGAGCAGGGAAGGAGGCAACUGGCAAUAAAGGUAAAGUCGAGUGAAAAAACAAAAAUUAAUAACCCACAAAAACCUCGUGUUUAAAACUCGUGUCACAAUUUCAGAAUUUUUUAAGAAUUCAGUCUUCAUCCUCUCAAGAGAUGAAUUAAGGUGGGAAGGGGUUGAUUUGGUAUCAGGGUAGCAAAUCAAGUGAAGAAAUGAAAAUCAGCAACUUCAAAAAAUCAGGACAUGAUCUUAAAACUUUAAAAAUUGAGCUCUUUCUUCCUGAAAGGUCCAAAUUGAGGAGGGGGGGCAAUGUAAAAUCCAUUACAAUCAAGUAAAUAAAAAAAAAAAACAACUCAAAAUAGCCACCUCAAAAAACCAAGUCUUUCAUAAUCUUUUAUCGUGAUUUUUGAAAUUUUUAAAGUGUAUAAUAUCUACCUCUCUAAAAAAACUUGAUUUAGGGUGUGGAGGGAGGAGGGGGGGUCAUUCGAUAUCAAAAGUUGAAUCCAGAGAAGAAAUCAAAAUUAACGAUCCCAAAGAACUAGAUUUUCACAACGAUGCCAAAUUUUUGAAUUUUCAUGAAAUUAUAAGCCUUCUCUGAAGGGCUCUUUUCAAUGCUAUUAGAGGGGCUAAUUUAAGAUAGGGGUACAAUCAACAAAAGAAAUCAAAAUUAAAGACUCCAAGAACCAAGUCUAUCAUACUAAUGCCACAAUUUCUGAAAUUU